GAUGCUCUCUCCCCAGGGGGAGACAGACCCAGCUGUUUAAAAUCCCCGUCUUUUCCCCAGUUUUCUCCUCUGUUCAUGUGUUCCCCUGUUCGGUGGUGUCCCCCUCUUCUUCUCUCUAGAUAGACUGUGUGCUCCACGCUCUCCCCCCUCGUGCGGAGUCUAUCGUCACCAUGCAGGUCGGCAACAUUUACUUCAUCGCGGCCAUCGCCGUCGUCGGCGGUGGGCUUUUCGGUUUCGAUAUCUCGUCCAUGUCCGCCAUCAUCAGCACGGAUGCCUAUCUCUGCUAUUUCAACAAGUCGGCCAUUCACUACAAGGAUGGGAAGAAGGUCUGCCCCGGUCCCAAUGCCGACGUGCAGGGUGGUAUCACUGCUUCUAUGGCGGGAGGUUCCUGGCUGGGUGCCUUGAUUUCUGGUUUUGUGUCGGAUAGAUUCGGUCGUAAGACUUCCAUCCAAGUCGGUUCGGUCAUUUGGUGCAUUGGCUCCAUCAUCGUCUGCGCCGCCCAGAACGUCCCCAUGCUGGUCGUUGGUCGUAUCAUCAACGGUCUCAGUGUUGGUAUCUGUUCCGCUCAGGUGCCCGUCUACAUCUCUGAGAUCGCUCCCCCGACCAAGCGUGGUCGUGUUGUUGGCCUCCAGCAGUGGGCUAUCACCUGGGGUAUCCUGAUCAUGUUCUACAUCUCUUACGGCUGCAGCUUCAUCAAGGGCACUGCGGCCUUCCGUAUCCCCUGGGGUCUGCAGAUGAUCCCUGCCGUCCUGCUGUUUUUCGGCCUGAUGGUGCUGCCUGAGUCUCCCCGUUGGUUGGCUCGCAAGGACCGUUGGGAAGAAUGCCACGCCGUUCUGACCCUGGUGCACGGACAUGGCGACCCCAACUCUCCCUUCGUCCAGCGCGAGUUCGAGGAGAUCAAGAGCAUCUGUGAAUUCGAGCGCUCCAACGCCGACGUCUCGUACCUCGAGCUCUUCAAGCCUAACAUGAUCAACCGCACCCACGUCGGUGUCUUCACUCAGAUCUGGUCUCAGCUUACGGGAAUGAACGUCAUGAUGUACUACAUCACCUACAUCUUCGCGAUGGCCGGCAUGAAGGGCAACAACAACCUGGUCUCCUCCUCGAUCCAGUACGUCAUCAACGUCAUCACGACGGUACCGGCCCUGAUCUGGGGUGACCGCUGGGGCCGCCGGCCGACAUUCCUGAUCGGCUCCAUCCUAAUGAUGAUCUUCCUGUACGCCAACGCCGGUCUGAUGGCCUCGUACGGUCGUCCCGCGCCGCCCGGCGGUCUCAACGACGUCGAGGCCGAGUCGUGGAUCAUCGAGGGCGCCCCCAGCAAGGGUGUCAUCGCUUGCACGUACCUCUUCGUGGCCUCGUACGCCGUCUCCUUCGGCCCGGCCUCCUGGGUCUACCCGCCCGAGCUCUUCCCGCUGCGCGUGCGCGGCAAGGCGGUGGCGCUGUGCACCUCGUUCAACUGGGCUUUCAACUUCGCGCUCUCAUACUUCGUACCCCCGGCCUUCGUCAACAUCAAGUGGGAGGUUUAUGUCUUGUUCGGCGUCUUCUGUACCGCCAUGACCCUGCACAUCUUCUUCAUGUUCCCUGAGACCACCGGUAAGACCCUCGAGGAGGUCGAGGCCAUCUUCACCGACCCCAACGGCAUCCCCUACAUCGGUACACCCGCUUGGAAGACCAAGAACGAGUUCAGGCACGGUGCCAUGGUCGAGCAGGUCGGCUUCGACGAGGAGAAGCGUGCCGGCGGCGAGGUCGUCCAUGCCGAGACUGCUGAGCCUAAGAUCUAGGUUUCAGCAUUGCAUUAAUGCUGGGGUGAAUUGAGAGGGAGGGGCAGUGAGCGAGAUAUAGAAGGUGGGAUAGAGGGGUAAGGGAGGGGGGUACAUGACUGAUGAUGUCAGAUGAAGAUGAUUGAUUGAUUGAUUGAU